CAGGGCCUAAAAUUAUGUGCAGUAGCACACACUAUGUGUAGUAGCUAAUAAGCUAAUAUUCAAUGUGCAGUAGCAAAUUUAAAAGUGUGCAUUACUUAAAUUUGUAUUUUAACUGAAAUUAUUUUGUCUUUAGUUAUAUAGGCGCGCCGGAUCCGGUGCUGUUCGACCCAAAUCUGGUGGCGUCUUACGAUGAGAUGUUGGACGCGGAAUGUGACGAGGACUGCGAUCUCGAUUGCUCGUUGGCGGUAAAUGCGACCGGACGUCGUGCGGCGUAUGACGCGUUUCGCAAAGUGCCGGAAACGCGCGUUGCGCAGAACCUGUACCUGUGCGCGUCCAUCGAGCUCAAGCACCGGACGGUGGACACUGACGACGACAUCAUUGAACAGACGGCCGAGUUCUGGCUGGACGUGGUUGGCAACGGCGACGGCAUCAAGGUGAAGGUAUGCAAAACUUUUUUCGCCCGCACCCUGGGACUUCCGGAUUCGCGACUGGAGGCACUGCUGGAGCCCGAAACCUUCGAAUGGUUUUCGAGGUACCGCCGCCGCGGUGAUGACUACGGCGAGAGCGGUAUCGAAGAUGACGAAGACUACGAUGAGGAUUACGAACACCGACGACGGCGUUAUGCGAACAACGGAUUCGGUAAUGACGACGAAAUACCCUGCACAGAUUUCGUGCUAAAUUCCAGAAAGCAUUUGGAUAAAAACAAUUUGGCAUUUGUCGAAGAAACAGAUUCGGACGUAGAGGUGUACCUGGACGGAAUAACACAUUCAGCUUACAAUAAUGUGAUAAGUUAUAUACAAACUAUACCGAGAGUGGUAAGUACUUGGAUAAGCCGAGAAAACAACGAAGAAGCGUUCAAAUUUGAAUGUAGUAUUAAUUGCCAUUUUCUAUAUUUAAAUUAUUUAAAAAAAACGAAGAAGAAUAAAAAUAAAGUGAACGAAAAGCAGUUUAAAAAAAUAUAUAAUAGAUAUGUUAAGAAAAAUUUUAUGACAUAAUUUAAAUCAAUUCUUUUAUUAAAUAUUAAACGUAUUCCUCAAUAUUUUUUAUUAUGAUAU